AUCUUCUGCCACCAGAUAUUCACGAAUAAUUGUUUAUCAUUGCCCUCACAACCACACAAUCAGAGGCUUCGCACGGUCGCUUGCUGAUUAUAUACAAAAUGGGUUGGUUCUGGGGCUCCAACAACGACGACCCCGUCAAGAAGCUGGACCCGGGCCUCCGCGAGUAUCUCGAGCACGAAGCCCCAGCCAAAUAUGUUCCUACAACUCAGAUUCCAUCCGCUCAAGACCCUUCCCAGACGGUAGACACACAAUCUCAGCCGUCGCAGCCUGCCCCCGAAGCUACAGAGCCCCCCAAACCUACCGUCCCCGCUGCCUCUCUCUACCCCGACGGCCGCUAUGCCGACCUUUGGAAAACCUACAAACCCCCCAGUGACGUUGAAGGAGCCGAGGUGAAGGGAGCAUCGCGAGUGAUUGAGAAAUACAAGGAGCGCAAAGACACGGUGCACCGGGCGGCAAUGGAAAACUGCGCAUUGGAACAUGAAGACUUGACGUAUUGCUUCCAGACCGGUAACUGGCAGAAGCAAUUAAAGGCCCGUAUGACAUUGUGCUCCGAGGAGAAUUCGACAUUUUCCCGUUGCUUUACCACUCAGGCUAAAUUCCUCCAGGCUCUGGGUUACGCCUCCUCGUUCAACUAUGAUGAAGAUAAAGAAGAGCGGAUUCAGAUGCACGCAGAUAAAUUGUAUCACCAGAUGCUGGAUUAUGAAAAACAAGUCAAGGAAGCUCGUGAAGCUGGCCAAGAACCGCCACCCAUGAUGUCUCUCUUUAACCCUAAAACAAAGCCAACAAGCCAACAAGCCGACAAACCAGGAGCAUUAGAGAUUCCUGGGGGCGAACAGAUUCCAGCCGGGUUCAGACCAUCGAAACCGUUGGAGCGACUCAGUCCGCAUGAGAGAGAGCUGGAAAUCCGGGCUCACAACGCCCAGUUGGAGCAGCAAAAGCUUUACAUGGAAGAGGCGUCUCCGUUUAUGAAAAACCAAGAGGAUGCCCGCCAGAAGAGACGGGAGAAAGCCGUGGGCUGGUUCGGAGAGACGAUUGGCAAAUGGGUCACAUAAAACUGCACUUGUACUAUUCUUUGUAUACUAUUUAGCAUGUCACCUAUAUCGAAGAGGACGUGAAAAUGAUCUAUCAUAGCAAAUGUGGGCGUUAGCAUGGAUGUCUACAGCGGAUUCAAAUUAAUUUGAUUAAUAGUGUGUAAAAA